AUGACUCUCAUCGAUUCGCUUCCACAAGACGUUAAAUCCCUGAUCCCCAAAGAGAAUGCCGACUUUUGUCACUCGUUGUCGGCUGAAGAAGCUGGGCACUUGAAGGAUCUCUUGGGAAAGCACAAAACAUUCUGCAACAUUGACGGAUUGAUGGAGGAUUGUCAAGGAGUCUGUGCGAGUCUUCAUGGAAAAUUUCAAAGCCUGCUAGGCGCGAACUCGGCUCGUUUAUCCGGACUCUCCGACGAGGCAAAGGGUUUCGCUAAAGAGUGUAUGGCUUAUGUAUGCGAAGUUCAACAAGCACUUCUCCACGGAAAUCCAGUCAAUUCGGGCAAAGCGGCAGCAAUUCGCACCAAAUUUGCCUCUUUGUCAAACACCGAUCAAGAAGCUUUGAAGAAAAACAAUCCCGAUAUUCAAUUU